UACUCCAGCUCAAGCACGCUUAACUCUGGAGUUCUUUCAGGAUGUGUUCCGGAAAAAGUAAAUCAACUUUGGUGACAUAGAUAGCCAAAUCAAUUCUCUUAAGCCUUUCUGUAUAUCAUAACUCGGGAUGUUACAGUAACGUCCCGAGCAAGCCACAACUAAUGAGCCACCCAUGCCCAUUCAUUCAGUCUGUGGGUUUAAUCCCAUUUGACAAAUGGUACAGUGCGUUAAUUUUCUGAAGGUCUGAAAUUAUUGUUUACUGACCCUGCAAUCACUCAAUGACAUUUUUCUAUGCUUUGACCUCACUUGCACGCUAUCGCAAAUCACUUUUCGAUAAAUCAUCCAUCACUCCACUAUUCUGGCUCAAGCACGCUUAGUUCUAAAUCUAAAUAAAUGUGUCCGAAAAAAGUAAACACACUUUAGUGACAUAGAUAAGCCAAAUCAAUUUUCUUAAUCUCGUCAAUAUGUCAGAAUUCAGGAUGCUAUAGUUUCAUCCUGAAUCUUUUGACAAUUCUCAUGAGUUUAAUCGAGUGAUAGGUGUGGACUUGCAUGGAUGUUCAUCGGCACAAAGUGGUGGAAGAAGAAGCCUUCACUGAUGCAUGCAUCGAUGAUCGACCUAAAUUAAAUCAAAGCAUAACUGUGUUUGGCGACUCCGGAUGCGGUGGAGGAUCUUCGUUCGAAGUUAGUGGCAGUUGAUGUGGCUUCUUGUCUAACCUAAAGCACGCACGUGUGGUGUCACGUUUUCAGCUCUAUCAAUAUAUUCACGUGGUGUUCAAAAAAAAAUUCUCUAUAUUCAUCAUUCAUGUAUCAUGUAUAUUUGGAAGCCAAUAAAGAAAACUCUAAUUUCAGAAGGUCAAAUCCAUCUAAUUCCGUAUAUAUAGAGUUCGUCGUUUUCUAAAAGUUCAAAACACAAGAGCUGCUUCUCUCUAUCGUUCUCUUUGAUGCUUGGUUUCACAAUGUUCACUAUAUUGUUAAAAUAUGGGUUUAAUCUGUUUUAAUUGGACUCUAAAACAUUAAAUAUGGUGUAACUAUAUUUCUAAUGGAUUUUUUAUAAACUAUAUUUCUAAUCAGGGGCGAAGCCACGUUGGUGGUUAAGGGUGUCCGUGCACCCAUAAAGUUAUAAUAAUUCUCAUGUUUUGCAUAACAAUUGUAUCUUAGUUAGCUGAGUUGACAAUGAGUGCACCUAUUAAUUUAUCAGUUCGCGAGAAAUUCUAAUGGAACUGCAUAACUAAGUUGUCAAAAAAAAUAUGGAACUGCUUAAGAAAAUACAAUAUCACUAAAUUUUGGUUUUUAUGAAUAAUUUACAAAAUGAAAACUGAUAUAUAAUUAUUAUAUAUAUGAAUUAACAUGAUAAUACAUAGAAAAUCAACUUUUAAACCAUAUUAUAUAAAUUAGUUAUUAUUUAUUCAGCUCCUACUUAUUAUUUACAAAUGAUGUUAACAAUUACAACAGUGACUCAAGGUUUUUCGAGGUCUGUGGACCAAAUUAUUGUUUUUAAUUUCGUAAGAAAUAUUUAUUUUCCUGUGAACUUUAAACUAUUUUACGAGUCUUAAAAUAACAUUGAGAAAUUUCCUAGAAUAAUUAUUUUUAUUUUAUUUUCAUAAAAAUAGCUUUCAAAGAGAAAAAUGAUCAAAAUGAGUUUUUUUUUAAAAAAUAAAUAUAUAUUUAUAUCAUAGGAUUAACUAUUAUAGAUUUAGUGUUAAUGACUGGGGUUUCGAAGAUGAGUUUUCAAAUUAAAAAAAAAAAUAUUAAAAAUUUCAAAAUAAAAAGGAACUAUUUUGAAUUCUAUUUUGAUGACAAAAACUUAAAAAUGCUAUUUGAGGGAAUUGCUCAUAUAUAUUUAUUUGUGGUAUUAACAAAGUUUAAAUAAAAAUGUUUUUAAUAAACAGGUUUGGUUAAUAUUUUUGAAUUAUUUUUAUAAAAAAAUUGACUUUUAAUAGUAUGGACUUUUGGAGUUGCACUGGUCUCAGCUGAGCCUCCCUGAGUACAUAUAUAUAGCUUCUUUAUUUUGUCAAACAUAUAUAUAGCUAAUAUGGAAAGAAACAAUAUCUGAUUUCUUCCAAAAACUAUCUAUUGCAUAUUGAUUGAUGCAAAAUUCUAACGAAAGAGAACGAUGAUGUAGUUCCCUAUUGCAUAUCACACGUCAGGAUCAUUGUAUGCUUUUCUUUGAAAAUUCUCACUAAUUUCCUCUUUCCUCUUUGGUCGUCGACUUGUUUAAACAUCAUUCAAAUUCACCUACCCCGUCAAUUAGGUUUUUUCCGUCAGUUAGUUUAUGUCCACUUAUUCAUAGUAAACUGCGUAAAUAAUACAUAACUAUAUCUUUUUUUUUUGUGCAACAAUACAUAACUAUAUCUAUUAUCAAAAUACUAGUGGUAAUUUUCCUUCCUUAGUUUAUUACCACAAGGGAUUUCAGUAAUCACUAAUCACAGUCUUAAUUAAUCAAUAUAGUCUGCAAGAGUGAAGAAAAGUAUCUAUUUAACACACUAAAACACGAAAUUUCUAUACUUUGACAAAAAAAAAGUUUCCUAAACAUCAUGUCAAAUUACGUAUUCUUAGCCGCAUGUUCUUGAUUUAACUUCUCUUGGGAAAAAAAUCUUGAUUUUUGUGUGCUCUUGGUGACAUUAUAAUGUUUUUAAGUAUCGUAUAAGAAAAAUAUUCAUCAUCUUCUUUUUUUUGGGGUCAAAAGUAGUAUUCAUCAUCUACUAAUCGUUUUCGCUGAAUAAAACAGCCUAUAUAGGCUUCUCAGUAGGCUAUAGGUUGAACCAAUUGUCGGUGUAUUAUAUUAUGUUACGUCUAACCUACUAAGAUAUUUCAAAAAUGGUACAUAUGCAUGUAGUAAUAGCAUUGAUAAACAAAUUUCAUCUCGUUAUUAAUUCUUAUAUAUAUAUAAUACGGCUAUUGCAUUAAGCAGGCAACGUAAUAUAAAAAUAAUAAUUUAAUGUUUUGGUUAGGAAACAUAGAGGAAAUAUGUCGCCAGCUUUGUGACGAUUAUAUAAAGUGAGAAACUUAUUUACUAUUUUAAUUAAAAAAUAGCAUACAGUAAAAUGAGCCAAUUUCGUCAACUUGUAACUUCUUGUGGUCCAUUAGUUAAUAUUUGAUUAUUUUCCCCUAAAUCAUAUGAUAACCAGAUGAUAACCCGCGCGCAUAAAGUGAGUUUUUAUAAUAAUGUUUGUUUAUGAAAUAAUUUUAAUAUUUUGCAAUACUACAAUUUUUAUCGAUUAUGAAAUGAUGAAUACAAAUGUUGGUAUCUUAAAUAUAUCAUCGUUGUUGAAGAGUUAAUGUAUUACAUAUCAUUUUAGUUAUUUGAGUUAAUGUAUUACAUAUCAUUUUAGUUAUUUUUAAGUUCAUAUGCACACAAAAAUAUUAAAUUUUGCGGCUGACACAAAUCACCAAAACCAAAUAGACAUCGAUUGUAUAAUGACGAAAGAGGAUUAUGUUUUCUGCUCUCGAUUUGUUUACUAUUGACUCUCCAUAAGUGAUUUCAUUUUCUACAUCUAUAGUAUUGUGCUUUCGUUCUCGUCUUUGUUUCAUUAAUAUGAGUUAAGUUUCUUUUUUGAACUUCUUUUAUGAAUUUAGUGAAUUACAUAAGUGUCAAUUAAAAAAAUGGACAUCUGUAAAAAUUAGUUUCACUCCAUAUACAUAUCUAAGAAUCAAAAUUUUGAAAAAACCACCGGCAAACUAUAUUUACAGGUUAGUGUUCAAAUUUUAUAUAUCAAACUGUUACAGAAUAUAAGUGCAGACUCGAAAUAUAAAUGUUUGUCUAGUAUAUAUUCACCAGCUAGGUCUAAAAAUCAUCUGAUUAGCACAACAAAACAAAUUACUUAUUUCACCAGUUCGGGUAAUGUCUGAAUCCGAACGGGUAAUAUCUAAACUCGGAUGGAUAUCCGAAGAUAACUAAACAUAAGUAUACUUAACUCUAUAUUUCUAGUUUAUUUCUCUCAUUUUAUUCAAACUAUUUAUAUUAAUAAUUCUUAUUGCUCAAAAUUAGAUAAUAUACAUAUAAUUAUGGACAAGAUCAUUUGCUACUCACUUAAAAUACAUAUCAAGUUCUUGUUUUUUACAUUAACAAAAGUUGCAUCUAAAAUUUCAAAACAACAACUAAAUUAGUGUCUUUCAAUGGAUAAUGUAUUUAUUUUUUCUUCAAAAUUUAAAUAUCCGAACCCGAACAUAAAAUACCCAAACCUGACUCGAAGUGUAGAAAUACCUGAACGGGUUCUAUAUCCAAUACAAACCUGAACGUGUAUCCGAAUGCCCACCCUAUGAUAUAUGAUCAUUUGUAUUUUGCUUAAACAAAAAAAAAGUUAAACCACUAAUCACAAAACUUUUAAUGCGGACUUUUACCAUUCUUAGUUACUUAUAGUCAUUUUUUAAAAUUCAAAAUAUAAGAUAUAAGAAAAAUUAAAUUGCUUUUCUUAUAUGCUUAAUGUGAUUGUUUAAUUUCUUUUAAUAAUAUAAAAUUAAAUAAAAAAGAGAGGUUAGAAUUUUUUUUAAUCAAAUAUGUAUUAUUCAUAAUCAUUAAUUAUCAUAUAUAUGUUAAUCAUAUUAGGUAAUUCUGUAGCUUUUAUUUAAGGAAAGAAAAAAUAUUCUUUUGUACACUAUUAAUUAAUUUGAUAGUUAGUUUAAUGUAAAAUAUAGUAUAUGUUUAUAUGGACCAACUUAUUUUUUUAAUAAUUUUAAUAAUUGUUUUCGAGAUGAUACGUGGUUACGAAAACAUGUUCUAAUGGUUGAGGAUCAGUAUAUAGGAUAUCGAUUCAGAUUAAAUCAUAUAUUAACAACGAGAGUAUAAAAACGUUUGUGUUUCUUCAACUUGGAAAGAAUGCAAAGCCACAUAAUUUACGUUUCCUAAAUCAACGGUCAUGAUUGAUAUAGAAUAGUCAUUCUUUGACCAAGUCGAAUCACUAAACCCAAAUAAAUAAUCAACUAACGAAGGCAAAUGCUUUUCUUCUUCUUACAAUCUCAGUCUGCAGACACAACACAAAAUGGCUAACAACCCAAACGAUUGGUCUCCGUUCUACAACAACAAUCAAACUUUCUUCACAACUUCCACCAUCACUUCAACCGCCGUCACAACCACCACAACUGCUUCUCCCUCCGGUGAAGCCACCUCCAUGGACUCUCGUCUGAGUCCUGAAACCGGUCGUGUAACCAAACCGGCACGUAAAAGAUCAAGAGCCUCACGUAGAACACCAACAACACUUCUCAACACCGACACAUCCAACUUCCGUGCCAUGGUUCAGCAAUACACGGGCGGUCCAUCCGCUAUGGCUUUCGGGUCCGGUAAUACUACUUCCGGUUUUAGCCUCACCGCUUCGUCGGAUCCAUCCGCCGGAUCUUCUCAGCAAGUUCCUUGGCAAUACAGUUACCAGCCACACGCGGGGCCUCCACCGCAACGGCCUUAUAUGUUCUCGUUGAGUAACGUGAAUCCUGUCGUCGGUUAUAGUAACAUGAACAACCCUAAUUAUACGGCUGUUCCCGGUGUGUUUGGGACGGCGGAUGGUGGAGCAGGAGGUUCUGCCCCGUCGUCCAAUGAAGCGACGAAUAGUAAUACGUCGUCUUCGAGGCUGCAAUGAGAAAACGAUUGGAUUCUUUUUGAUUUUUUUCUUUCUUUUUUCGCAUAAUGGCAGAAAUGUUAGGUAUUGACUCUCUUUGUCAAAGAAUGAAAACUUUGACUUUGUAUAUUUUAUUUUUCGUUUUCAUAUUUAAGCUUUUUUUUUGUUUUAGGGUUCUUAGCAUAAGUGUAUGGCGUUAUCAUGGUCCUAAAUAGGCAAAUAUUCAAUGACUGAAGUUGCCUACUUGCUUGCAUUCAAAUAUAGGCAAAUUGGAAAUAAAUAAAAUAAAUAAUACUUUCCAAGUUGAUAA